UCGCUGGGGCAAUAAUGAGAAUGUGUCGGUGGAAUUUUAUCAGGAAACGCAGGCCACCGCCAUGGCAGUGGACAGCACCGGAGGGUUUGCUCUGCUGGCUGGGCGGCGCGGGCUAGACAUCAUAAAUUUGGACAACCCAAGUCUCCGUUUUCCUCGAGUCAAGAGGAAAGGCAUGAUGAAAUGGGAUGUGAGUGUGGUGGAAUGGAACCCACACGCUGAAAGAAACAAGGAGUUUGUGACUGCAUCUAACCAAGUUGCUGAUAUUUACGUACAACACCACAAUGACUGGAUUCAAAAGAGCUCGUUGAAGGCACAUACAAGAGCUAUCAGUGAUUUGAACUGGUCCGUCUUUGAACCCGACGUCUUAGCGACGUGUUCCGUGGAUACUUACAUCUACCUCUGGGAUACAAGAGAACCCAAGAAACCAUCUGUGUCUUUCUCCACGUUCGCCGGAGCUGCGCAGGUGAAAUGGAAUAAAAAGAACAGCAACUACCUGGCAACUGUGCACGAAGGAGACAUCAGACUGUGGGAUAAAAGGAAAACUAGCCAAGCAGCGCAGUACAUCUCAGCUAGUCUGAGUAAGAUCCAUGGUCUAGACUGGGACCCAGGCAGUGAAUUCUUCCUAGUAACAGCAAGUCAAGACUGUACAGCAAAGUUUUGGGAUGUUAGGGAUCCGCGAACCAUGGUGAUGGAGUUACGAACCACUACACCACUGUGGAGAGCUAGAUACACGCCAUUUGGUGAUGGAAUCGUAACAACCACCGUGCCACAGUUGCGACGGGGUGAGAAGAGCUUAUUGCUUUGGAGCCAGUCUAAUCCCAGUGCGCCUAUUCACUCCUUCACUGGACACACGGAUGAUGUGCUGGAUUUUCACUGGAGAAAACAAAAAGAAGCUUCAACGGAUCAUUUUCUGGUCACAUGGUCGAAAGAUCACAGUCUGAGAAUGUGGCGUGUGGACCCACAACUUCAGAAGCUCUGUGGAGUAGACGUCCCCGAGCCGUUGAACUCUGCCGACUCCCUGAUUGGCAGCUUCGAGUUUGUCGGCUCUCCCAAGGAGAACGAGCAGAUUCCAAAUGGGGGGUCCUCGGCCGGAACCCCCUCCUCCAGCCAGGGGAUGAACGAGCUCCAUGAUCAGAACGGUUCAGGGGGUGAUAUGGGUGGGUUGGAACCCCCGGGGUCGGCCGGUUUGGUAGUGACGCCGAAGCUGUCAAACAUUGAGCUAGAGUUUGCGUCUGCUAUGAAAGUUAGCUUGCCUAAUGUGACGGUGCAGAAGAUGGAUGUGGAGGCAAGGUUUUGUACAGUCUCGGCUCUUUCACGUCGUCAUAUCAUGAUCCUGAAGAUUAACUUCCCUUCAUAUCCCGAGAAAGCCCCGCCCAAGGUGAUCUUCCUACCAGCCACAACUCUAGACAGCACCCUGAAACAUAAACUACACAAGAUUCUUGAAGACACCUGUAUACGACAGGUAGAGAAUAACCAACUGUGUCUUGAAGCCUGUCUCCAACAACUGUCAGCCAGUCUUGAUGGAAUGAAGUUGGGUUCGGACAUCCCAGCACACUCGUCAAAGACGAAGAUGUCUCCCGGCCUGAAGAGGACCCCAUCCUGUCUAAGUAAAUAUGGCAGCCCCAUGGACAGUAACAUUCCAUUCCCUCGGACAUCCGGGGCUCGAUUCUCUGGAGUCGAUAAGUUGGUUGUUUUUCUACGACCUGGCACAAUCAGAAAAAGUGGUGGGCAUCACACUACACCAAGGGCCCUGUCAAUACUCAGCACAAUCAACUUGUUUAGACCAUUACCCAUAGGCCAGGGCCCUAGUAGCCAAUCCACAGAGGUCCUGUCUUUAAGCAGCUUCUACAAAGAAAGAGAAAAGAAACUGCGCCGUGUAGGUAAACAUCGCAAGAGAGGCUCUGAUGCUGCCCUGUCGUCUAAAACCUCAAAUACGAGCAACUCUGCCAGCAGUGUGGUGGUUCUCUACAGCGCUGUGGGUUUAACCCCUGUCCAUCAGCAACUAGCAGAGACAUAUCAGUUUAUCCCAAACAACAUUCCUCUGAUGUGCAGCCUGAAUGCCAAGGCUGCUGCUAAGGUUGGUCGGUCUGAUCUAGUACAGGUCUGGUCAUUAGUAGCGUUAUCCACGAGCAAUGAAUUAAAACCGUCGUCUGUUCCUGAUGAUGAAAUACCGUGGGCUCAACAUCCGUUUGGAAGACAGUUACUACAGACAUUGUUGGAUCACUACAGUAGUAUACAUGACAUACAGACUCUAGCCAUGUUAUGCUGUACGUUUGGAUCCAUCUCAAGGAGAUCAAACCAGCUCAUGAAUGGAGUGGAUAAGAAUAUCAAAUCUUUCAAAAGCUAUCUCGUGACGGACCCGAACGAUCCGAUCUUCACUAGUAAGUGGUCCGACGGAGCAGGUUCUUCUCAUCAACAGUUGAGUUUCUCCGAUUCACCGGAUGAUUAUCGCUUUGGUGAGAACCGAGAUCCAGAACAGAUUGAGAAGGAGCAACACACACUCAGCACUCAAUUACUUGAGCCCUUGCUGUCUGUGCAGUUUGAUGCCUUCAAGAAGAGCUAUGCAGACAUCUUGUAUCGAUGGAGAUUGCUCCAAGAAAGAGCACAAGUUGUCAGUUACAUUUCUUGCCCUUCAUUCACCAACAAUGAUCUGUCGUUUUCUGAUUUUGGUGUGGUCUGCCAGAAAUGUCAAAGGCGAUCGUACAAGGUACAGUGUGAACACUGUAGGAGUUACAGCUUCCAGUGUGCUUUAUGCCAUACGGCAGUCAAAGGUUCUUCCAGUUUCUGUCUAGCGUGUGGCCAUGGCGGCCAUACCACUCACAUGUUACAAUGGUUCAAGACGGAGACCGUCUGCCCGACUGGCUGUGGCUGCCUAUGCCAGACCAAUAGCAAACAAGCGUGUGAAAAUAGUCCACUACCUCAAGAUGCACUCAUGAGCAGGUGAUACUCGGCCAUGAGAAGGAGGAUGUAAGAUUUUCAACCUUGUUCCCAUGGUGAACGACCCUGAGGUCUUUCCAAGAAAACAUGAAUGUUUCACACUUCCAUUUGAUGAGUUUAAGCCAGGGGGGGGGGAUAAGCCAGAGAUUUGAGGCAGGUGGCUGUAUGAUACAUGUAACUCAUAACCCACUGCAUUAAAAUCAUUGUGGGUAUUUAAAGCGCCAACAUCCGCUAAUUUAGAUGUGCAUGGCGCUUGAACAACUUCUGUCCUGGUCACUUAGCCAUUUAUUUCAUCCCUUAAACCAUCUCAGCUCCCUGGGGAUUAUACAGUUUGUGGUGCUAAAGAUGUAGUGCACCAAGCUGUAAGUCAAUCACAAGAACCAUCUCUGCCUUCACAGGUAUCCAUUUACCCCUUGGUGAAGAGAGGCAAUUAUAGUUAAGUGUCUUGCUCAAGGACACAAGUGUCAAGACCGAGAUUUGAACACCCUGACGACCCAACUGCCAGAGCUUACAUCACAUGCACUAAACCGCCCGCCGACCACACUCCACUAGUUGGGCAUCCAAACUUGUGUAAUUGCUUUCUACUUAGCAGCUCUUUGAUUGCGUUAUUGUAAAACUAAAUUGGUUCCAAAAGAGUUAUCUACUUUAAUAAUGGCACUGAAAACCAAAGCAAAAGCAAGCUUAAGCAAAAAAUCCUUGCUUAGUAAAAUCAGAUUACCGGCCAAGACUCCACUCAACUGUUAUGCUAAGUGAACAACAGCUAAUUACCAGUCACAAUCAAUAUAUAUGUGGUUUGUGGUGUGAUUGAACACCAUUGGGGCAAUCAAAUUAUAGUAGAGGUUGAACUUAAUUCCCUGAGUUAAGCUGAGAUUUGUUUUCUCAAGGAAUAAUUUGUAAUGACUUUGGAUAACCUGGGGGUAAUGAUCAAAGCCAUGGUUAUUGUUUUGAUAACUCAAAGGCUUCGGUGAGUAAUCAAGGUAAUUCAGUCUUAUCCGUUCGGUGCGCUGUUUUGGUAACUCUCAUUCAAAGUUUGAAAAUCUUAAAGGCACUGGACAUAUUCGGAAUUUGUCAAAGACCAGUAUUCUAUCUUAGAAUAUCGCAACAUAUGCAUUAAAUAGCAAGCUUUGGACUCGAUUGGUCAUUGUAGUUACAAAUACAAAUUAAAGACAAACAUUCCUGUUGUACAAUAUGUUUCUCUCAUUGUUUAUGAAUAGCUCUCUAUUGCUCGAUAUCAGGUAAGGUUUUAAGUUAACACUUAUUUGGAGUAAUUACCAAUAGUGUCCAGAGCCUUUAAAAUAUUACCAGGUCAUGGCUUUGACCACAGAUUAAACAGGUUAUAAGAAGGAAUGACAGUCACGCCAACUGAAUCUGUCUUGUGUAUUAUGCUCUUUGAGAACCAAAGGUCUACUGAUGAUUUCACCAAUUUACUUUUGGAUUAACCUUUCUGAAAUUAUGUUGAUAUAAUAUAUUGUAUACAAUUUAUAGUACUCUGUUGGCCAAUGGCCAUAAUUAUUAUGAACAAUGUUAUGUGCAUAUACACAAUAAAAUAUCUUAUCAAGUUUAUUUUUUACAAUUAUGUGAAAUUACUAUCUUUUGCAAGAGCAAUAAAAUUACAUUAUGCAAACAUAUAAUUAUCAUA